ACAAAAGAUUUUUUAAUCUGUCAUUUGAUUGGUUGGUGCUAAUUGGAUUAUACUAUUGUUGUUGAUAUAUUUUAUAGUGAUCACAACUAUAAUUAGAUUGUUGUUGUCGUUAAUUGUGUGAAAUUUAAAUUUCUCCUGCGAGAUUUUGAUUGAAUACUAAAUAUAAACUUUGCUGUGGGUGGAAAGUGAUUGGAUUAAGGUUUGUGUCAGGCUAAAAUAGAGCCUGAUACUCAGGUUAUAAUCACAGAGUAGAUGCAUACAGAGCUGGAACUGGCCGUUGUAAACACUGCAGAAACUUACGUUUUCAUGUACCCACUUUUUUUCAGGCGGCCGGACAAAAAAUAAUCAACUGCGCGUGCUCGGCAAGUUCCGCGAGCAGUUAAAGCGAGUCGCCAUCCAAUGGGAUGCAUGCAUCUAGUAACUUGCCGAGCAUGCGCACAAAAAAGUGGGUACACUAGUUAUAACUCUGUAUAUGUAUCUACUCUGUGUUAUAAUCGAUGAGUCUCUGCGACCGUCCGAUUUUUCUGGCCCUCCAGUUACCGAAAAGGUAGCGACACUUGUCAAUGACCAAUCAAUCAAUCAAUCAAACUUUAUUUACCCACGGUACUAUUGCACAAAGACAAAAACUAAAAUAUUUACAAGAUGUGAUCUUCCAAUAGGCCGUGCUAUAUAUGUAUGAAUAAUUACAUGCAAUUAUAAAAAUAUUUUAUUAAGUUAAUACAAUAAAAUCGAAGAGAAAAAGAAAAAAGAUAAAUUGAUUAUUAAGAAUUAUUACCACUAUUUGACACUAGAGCCCUUUUGAAGGUUGACAAUGAACCCAUAUUUUUUAUAUUAGGUAAUAAAUCAUUCCAAGCUACAGCUCCUCUGUACGAGAAUGAUUUUUUACAAAAGUUGGUACUUGGCCUCGGGAGUGCAAAGUUAAAUUCAGCCUGCCUAGUUUGAUGAUUAUGAAGUGUACUGGUUUUCGUGAAUAAAUCAAUUAGGCAGUCAGGCACCAUGUUAUUAUUUACCUGAUACAUAGUAGUACAUAAUUGAUUAUUUCUUCUGGGACUUAAAUUAGGUAAAUCUAAUUCUUUAAGUAUAUCGGCUGAUCUAAAUUCAUACCCACGCUUUGUAAUGAUACGUGCUGCUCUAUUUUGUAAACGUCGCAAUUGGUUUUGAAGGAUAAUUCCAAGACAACCCCACAAAUUUUCGAUUGAUCUGGCAUUCUGGGGCCGGUUGUGUAAAAAAGUUAUUAAAGUUAAUUAUAAUUAAGUGGAAACGUCAUCCAAUAAGAAGCGCCUAUUUGAGAGUGAAUCACUAUUUAACUACAAAAUAGUGAUUAAAAAAGUGAUUAAGAGUUUUAUACAACCGGCCCCUGGGCCUUGAGAAACGAAAAGAAAUUUUUGAGAAAUACAAGACGCCAUCCAAUUGCAACCGAUGUUGCAUGUACCCAGGGUUAAUGAACCUAUUUGGUCAAGCCUAAAAGGUUUUUACAGACAGCGGAAUUUACGUACUGCUGUUUUGCAAGACUCUAUUGUGCGCGUUACUAGCGCUUUAUCUAUUACAAUCGACGACUUAUUAAAAUGUCGACCCCGGAUUAUCGUAACAUUGCCACACGGUUGUUUGACUCAAUUGCCUUAUUGGGGCACGUUAACUCGGAGCUUUCGUUUAAACGCCGAGAUUUUCUGCGAUCAUUGCUCAGCCCAGAGCUUAAAUCGGCAUGCAAUCGCUCCAACAAACCGGGCAGUCUCCUUUUCGGGGAUGACUUAACCAAAACUAUUAACGCUUCAAAAUUGCAGGGCAAAAUUCUUGCUCGUGAGUCCAUGCCUCCCAUGUCUCGACAUCGUUUCUCACCAUAUCCAAACCAGAAACGGCAAAUUUUUUUACCGACACGGGGAAGGGGAUCCUACCUUCCCCGGCAAUUCCGGCAAUUCAAACACCAGGCUCGGCAAUAAAUUUACAGGAAACUGCCAUUUUCCCGCGUAUUUUGACAGUGAGAUAUUGCUUAAUCUGAAAAAACAUGUUGAUUCAUUUUGUGGCGGGCAAAUCCAGAAUUUUCUGUCACAGUUGGGAGGUUUUCACAUCUGACGCCACUAUUUUAACAGUGAAAGGUGAAAUUAUUGAUUUUAUCGCCGACCCACCAAGUAGCCCCGUUUACCCCAGCAAUACCAUUGCAAAAGAGCAUGUUACACAGAUUGAGAAGGAAAUUUCAAACCUCCUGAAUACAAAAGUUAUUGUAUGGCCUCCCGUCACGAACCUGGUGAAUAUAUUUCACCAAUUUGUUCAGUUCCUAUAAGAAAGAUAUUAAACAAGGUUCGUCUUAUCUUGAAUCUCAAAUCAAAUAACUUAACCAAAGGGUCCUUGGGUCCUCUUUUUUGGGUCCUUUGUUGUUUUUGAUUUAUAAUUUAUAUUAACGACAUGACUCGUGACCUCCAAAGUGAUAAUUUUUUAUAUGCUGACGAUACUUCUCUUUUGGCAAUAGUAGAUGAUCCCUGUCUUACAGCUGAUCGAUUAAACCAUGAUCUCGAAUGCAUUAAAGCAUGGACAAAAGAUUGGCUUGUUACUAUCAAUCCAGGCAAGACCAAAUCAAUAAUAUUCUCUGUCAAACGACUUAGGCUAAAUCAACCUUCCCUAUUUUUUAAUAAUAAUGAAAUUCAAUAAGUUUGUAAUCAUAAACACCUAGGAGUUACACUUUCAUCAAAUUUAACUUGGACAGCACAUAUUAUUAAUCCCCGAGCCGAUGGCGCGAAGCGCCGUGCGAGGGUACUAAUUCCCCCCGGCUAUUUACACCCGGGGAAACGAAAGCAUUAGCGAAGUCUAAAGUUCAUCAAAUAUCGCGGGCGUGGGUCACUGUGCGUGGGUGGUCAUCCUCACUGAUCUCAAAAAUAUGGCGGACUGUCAUGAAUAGCGAAUACUGUGAUUGGUCCAAUUUAAAGUUAGCAUUAUGACGACUGCAUGACGACAGCGAAAUAGCAAACAUUUCUUGAUUUGAUGAUUGAUAAAUUUCUUGCAAAUAUAUUUCAUUGUUGCUCGCAUUUUUGCAAGAUUCUGUAAAUUUCAAGAAAGAAAGGGCGAAAGAAUCGGCUAAAAGAAGGGAGCCGACGUUAACGAAGGUAAGUUUGUUUUAAAUAUUGAUUUUAUAAUUGCUUUAAAACCCGACGGCCUUUGCGUAUAUGAAACAACUAAACAAGACAGCAUAUAAUUUCAUAUUUUCAUUGUAUCUUUAAUAUUGAUUCCCUUUUUUAUUAUAUUGAAUUUUUUAAAUAAAUAAAUAAAUAAAAAAGAAAGCAAAGUUAUUUGCAUGCGAGAAUUUGAAAUAAUUUUAUUGCAAACUCAAAGUUUAUCGAUAAAGCCAUUUAAUUAAAGGCAGUUUUAUAGUUUUAUAAAGAACACUUUAAAACGUUUUGCGAAGCGUUUGUGGUUGAAUUUUACCUUAAACUGAAGCUUAUAUUACGUAUAAAAUCAUACCUAACAUAUAUAUGUUGGGAAAUUGAUAAUUUUGUAAUUAAAAGUGAUAUUUUUAGGCCGAUUUUUCAUUUGUAAGAAUAUUCUUAAAAAAUUAUCGUGUUACCAUAACAACUACUUUACAUACUUCAUGUUCGGAAAAUAUAAUGGUUUUGUCAGCAAGGCGAGGGUUUCUGCAUGCAUGUAUUUUCUAGUAUACACGAGAAAGCUUCCAAAAGGUCGAAUCUUCUUAAAGGUUUAAAGUUUAAGUUAAAUAGGAAAACCUUGUCAAACUUGUACAAAUGUCUUAUUAGACCAUUGUUAGAAUAUGCAGAUGUCUUAUGGGAUGGGUGUUCAGUGUUCUGACAAUGAAAGUGAUUUAAUUGAGCAUAUACAAUAUCAGUCAACCAUGGUGGUCACGGGUGCUAUGAGGGGUACUAGUAUAGGUAUUGGAAGAUCUGGCUUGGGAAGAUAUGAAAACUAGACGUCUGGUUCACAAACUUAUUUUAUAUUUUAAAAUAGUAAAUAAUCAUGUUCCAGAAUACUUGCCAAAAUUAUUGCCCCAGACGGUUGAACAAAGGUCCGGUUUAUCAUUGAGGCAGGCAUCUAACAUUUCUCAGUUUUUUGUUAGAACUGAAAGAUUUAAAAAAUCCUUUUUUCCUUCGGCUACUAUGUUAUGGAAGUCGGUUGAGUAUACACAGUUCGUAGCUUGUCAUCUAUUAAUUUAUUCAAAAAAGAUAUUCUUAAAUUUUUUGAUAUUUCAUGUGACCGUAAUAAUAGCUAUUUUGAUCAUUCCAUUGACUUCAGUAUUGCAUGCACGUUGCGUCUAAAUUGUUGUGCGUUGAACUACUAUCUAUUUAGAAUAAAGCAUAGUUUAACACCUGACUGUAUUUGUGGUGCUGGCUGUGAAACAGUAGCUCAUUACUUGUUAAAAUGCCCACGGUAUGCCGGCUGCUCUAAGAUCAAUCUUGCUCUCGGCUGCUGCACAAGUUUAUGGUGAUAUAAGCUGGUGUCGUGCAAUUUUACUAAGAUAUUUGAGUAUGUUCAACAAUACAUUAGGGAAUCUAAACGUUUUCUUUAAUUUCGUCAUAGCUAUUAUCUUUCGUUGUUUAAUUAACUUACUAUGCGUGUUUUUAUACAUCUUCAGUGUCUUGAACUUUGUAAAAUUAAUGUAAAUGUAACUGAUAUGUCUGUCCGGCCUAAAUGUAAUAGUAAACAGUGUAACGUAAGCCCCUAGAUGAGUCUAGUGCUCUUGUGCAAACGUUAGGAAUAUAUAUGUUUAAAUAAAAUAAAAUCUCAAUGCAUGUCAAAUCUUUACAUUUUAAAAUGGUUCCAUUCAUACCGCCCUCUCGUUAGUGACAGAAGGUUGCUGGAUGGCCUCUCUCGACCUCAAAGACGCGUAUUACAGUGUCUGGGAAUUCAUGAAGAUCAUCAAAAGUUCUUAAAAUUUCCAUUUAAAGGAAAACUGUACAAAUAAACUGUUUACCCAAAUGGGCUGUCUACAUGUCCAAGAAACUUUACGAAGCUUUUAAAACCUGCCUUAUGUGUUCUGCGCAAGCAAGGCCACUGAUAUGCUUGUUAUAUUUAUUGACGAUAUUCUCAUUGUACUGAGCAACCUCGUAUGAAGGUUGUACUAAGGCAAUCUUGCACACAAUAAUGCUUCUCACGAAUCUAGGCUUCGUUAUUCAUGUUGAAAAAUCUGUAUUUUUCCCUCAGAAGAAAAUUGUAUUUUUGGGCUUCGAGAUUAACUCUAUCACAAUGAAAAUCACGUUAACCCGGGAAAAAAUUGCCAAGAUAUCUGCCCGUAUUACGGAAAUACUUGCACUAUCCAAGACUAUACGCGAGGUGGCUCAGAUUAUCGGCUAUCUAGUCUCUAGUUUUCCUGCAGUUCGCUACG